CUGAGAUGUCGCAAGAUAAUCUUUUUGACAUCCUUCGAUUCUUCUAUAUCCUCAGAAUCUUGAAGGUUUUUCAUUUUUGAAUCAGGUAACUACCGAAACUUAAGAGUUAAUGUUCACAGCAAUAGAGCCUAUAUGGAUAGAUCAUCGUCGUCAUCAUCAUCGGACCAGGAUUGGAUCAGCAAACUCCCGAAUGAUGUAUUGCUAAUGAUAUUAUCGGGACUUUGUACUAAAGAAGCCAUAAGGACGAGUGUUUUGUCGAAACGAUGGGAACAUGUGUGGAAACACGUGUCUCAUCUUGAAUUCGACAAGCCAAAGAUUCUUAGUUCCACAGAGUUGUGUGAUGAUGAGCCCAAUCCAGAUGAUACAUUGAUUACUAAGAUUAUAAUCAAACAUCUUGGGCAAUUAGAGAGCUGUGUACUCAAUUAUUCCUCAUCCCAAGGUCGAACUGGAAUCCUCGGUAUUUGGAUUCAAAUAUUCACUAGCGUGAAACACACCAGAGUUCUCACACUGAACCGUCAUUAUGAUGAUUGUGGAAAACUCUUCGAGUUUCCCGCAGACUCAUUCUCCCAUCCGAGCCUCGCGUCACUCUCGCUGAGUACAUACACUUUCACAAGCUCACAUCCCUUUAGAAACUGCUCCAAUCUUAGGACCCUCAAACUUGUAUCGAUCGACGCCACCAACGUUGAAGUCUUUAAUACGCUACUCUUAUCUUGCCCUUCUCUCGAGGUGCUUGUAUUAAAAAUCAGGUGCUUCUACAACACUGGGGUUGAUCCUUUUUACCCUGGGAGUCCUGGUCCUUUGAAGAUUGAGAACAACAAAUUGAAGCUCGUGCAUGUGUUGCUUAAGCGUAACAUUGGUGGCCUUGAAGUGUCAUCAGCUAGUCUAGAGAUCCUCGUCGUUGAAGAGACAUGUUUUGGGAAGGAGGGCUUUUUCCUUUCGUCCCCCAAACUCCAGUUUACUAAGAACUUUUGGGUUCCAGGCCGGAGGUUCGCACCUCACAUCAGCUACAACAUAUCCGAGGAGGAAAAAAGCAUUGUGCAUGAAGAAUUUAUGAACAACAUGAUAUCCGGUGAGCUUUGUGAAUUGAUUGGAGAUGUGCAUAAAUCAAUGUCGGUGAAUAUAGAUUUAAUGAGUCGGACAGAAGUUGAGAGGUUACGACAAGUCUUACGUCUAUGGAUUUGUGAAAUGUUGGUACUCGAGAUCAUAUUAAGGUAUGAUAACAACAAGAAUGGUCCCAACGAGUCUUGGGAGAAGGAGAAGAAGUUGUGGGAAGAGGAUAAUGACAACAAUAAUGUUGUUGCGUUCCCCGAUGCUAAAUUCCGCGUGAAAGCUCUGUGGAUGCCUAACUUCAGCGGUUCUGAGGAAGAGUUUGCCUUUGCGUCCUGUUUGAUCAAGCAUGGGACGGUGGUAGAUAAGGUGAUGAUAAAGACGUCGGUGUUUACCGCAAGUAAGAAGUUGGAGGUAGAAGCUGCAGUGGAUAAGCUAAGAGCGCUUCAAACAGAAGAAGACCAACUAAAGAUCAAAUGUUACUGAUGAAAUUUAAUUUGUUUCAAAUCUAAAACAAGAUUCCUGUGCAAGUUUUAGACUCUCACAAUCUUCAGGAUAUCAUUAACUUUUAAAUGAAGCAA